ACCCGCAGCAGCUCAUCGCUGCACAAAGCUUCGCUCAAACCAGAGAUAAUGGUCGACCGCCGUUCAGGACCCUGAAUCCUGCAAUUCACAGAAGUGAUUACACGUAUAGAGGAGGGUAUCACUACCACUUCCAGCCACCAAGGAUCCCUCCACCGGUAGGGUAUCAACCUAUUCCUCUUUCUCCGCCAAUGACUUACCACAGGCCCUCAGUCCACAUGCCGCCAUAUCACCACCACAGGUUCACAGGGCCGGUGGUGGCCCCGCACACGCCCCACAUUUACAAAGGCCUGUCUCCACCUGUAGCUUACCAUCCACAUCAACGAGUCAAAGGCCCGUUUCCUUACAAAGUAAAAGGUCCAUGCCCAACACACCGCACGGUAACGACAACACCUGUAGUAAACGUCCCUACUGACCUCCCAACCCAACCAGAGUCUACACUUCUGCCAACUCUGCCAGCAUCUACAGUGGCACCACAGACAACAACCGUCCUGCCGGUGGUGGUGGUGACCACGGUGCAGCCAGCGGAGACCGGCGCUCCCGUGACGCUACCGGUCAGUACCCAAAGCGGCCUCAUCGCCACCGUCAGUCCAGAGACAGACUCUCAGUGCAGGAGCCUCCCCCUGGACCUGGUCUUCAUCAUCGACAGUUCUCGCAGCGUGCGUCCUGGUGAGUUUGAGAAGGUCAAGAUCUUCCUGGCGGACAUGGUUGACACUCUGGACGUGGGCUCAGAAGCCACCCGAGUGGCUGUGGUCAACUACGCCAGCACCGUCAAGCUUGAGUUCCUGCUCAAAGACCACUUUAACAAGCUUGACAUGAAGAAAGCCAUCUCCCGCAUUGAGCCUUUGGCUGCAGGCACCAUGACAGGCCUUGCCAUCAAGACUGCAGUGAACGAGGCCUUCACUGAGCAGUCUGGAGCCCGACCACGCUCCAGGAACAUCUCCAAGGUAGCCAUCAUUGUGACCGACGGGAGGCCUCAAGACCAGGUGCAGGAGGUGUCUGCUGCAGCCCGAGCCUCUGGUAUCGAGAUCUACGCCGUUGGGGUGGACCGCGCAGACAUGCGCUCCCUGCAGCUGAUGGCCAGCAUUCCCCUAGAUGACCACGUCUUCUAUGUGGAGACAUAUGGCGUUAUUGAGAAGCUCACCUCUAAGUUCAGGGAGACCCUUUGCGGUCUGGAUCCUUGUGCCAUGGGACACAACUGCGAACACAUUUGUGUCAACAGCCACGCCUCCUAUAACUGCAAGUGCCGGAAUGGUUAUAUCUUGAAUGUGGACAAGAGAACAUGUUCCCUGAAACAGGUGAUGGCAUUGGUGGUGGAGGAUCCGUGUAAAUGUGAAGCCAGACUGGCUUUCCAGAAGCAGAUGCAGGCGGCCGUCCAGCAGCUCACAUCCAAGCUUGCUGAUGUGUCUGGCAGAAUAGAGCAUCUGGAGAACAUGGUGGGCCGAGCUUAAAGCCGGACACACUGUGCAAAGGCAGUGAACUGGUUUGUUUCCUGCCAGUGCCAGGAGCCAUGGACUACUGCAACACAGACAUCUACUUCCUGUCGUCCACCGUCCCGUAAACUGCUGCGUGGAUUUCAACUGUGACUCGUGAAGCAGACGUUUCUCACUGCAACAGCAUCUACAGCUGAUCUGGGAUUUUUUUAAACUGCUAUAAAAACAAUGUGUGAUAAUGUGAUGAUAAAUGACCAAAGAUAUUGGGUUUUAUUUUAUAUUUUCAUUGUUUCUGUGAUGUUUUCUGUAUGGUUUUGUGUUCUGGUUGUGCAUAUUGUAUAUACAAGUUAUUUUUUGGAAACUGUCAAAUUGGACUUAAAUAAUAGUAGUAGUAGAAAAAUGUUUUUUUGCCUUUGUUCUUUAUUGUACUCGUGUGUUUUUUAAAUGCUAUGAGCUUAUAAAUAUCAU